AGCGCAGGUACGAGGCAGCCUCGGGUGAGCCGCGGCACGGCCGGGCAGGGCGAUGCCGCUGCCCUUUGGGUCUCCUCAAGCCCCACGGCUGGAAUCGGGAUCCUCUUUCGCGGGGUGCAAAAGGGCGCCUGUGGAUGCUUGGUAGAGCCAAGGCAGCGCUGAGGGAGAGACGAAAGACGGCGGCAGAUUUUUUCUCGCGUCUCAUCGAGCCUGGCCGUGCCGCGGGGCUGUACGGAGGCUCCUGCCCGCCACAAUGUCCUCGCCGGCGACCGCGGACUCGGUGUGGCCGCGGGUGGCAAAGCUGCUCCUGCUGCUGCUCCAGCUGUGCGCCCCCCGAGCCUCCCCGCAGCCCCACCGCUGCCCCAACACCUGCAUCUGCACCUCCGACCUGCUGAGCUGCAGCCGGCAGACGCUGCGGUGGGUGCCCCGGGCACUGCCGCCCACCACCACCACGCUAGACCUCAGCCACAACGCCCUCAGCCACCUCCAGGACCACUGGCUGGCUGCCCUCCCGCACCUCGAGGCCCUCCACAUCAGUCACAACCAAAUUCGGGACCUUUCUCCGCGGGCUUUCCACAACGCCUCCUUCCUGCGGCACCUGGACAUGUCCUCCAACCACCUGCAAGCUGUGGAGAGGCAUUACUUCGAGGCGCUGGUGAGCCUGGAGGAGCUGCUGCUCUACGACAACCACAUCAAGCGGGUGGAUGAAAAUGCCUUUGCCAAGCUGAGCGAUCUGAGGAAAGUCUACCUGAGCUGGAACAACCUGACCACCUUCCCCUUCCAUGCUGUGCAGGGGCUGGGAAUCCACAAGCUCCGCACGCUGGACCUCUCCUCCAACAGCCUGAGCAGCAUCCCCGUGGAGGUGCUGGCAGCUCUGCCCGAAAACGUCGGCAAUGGCUUGUACCUGCACAACAACCCCAUCAGGUGCAGCUGCCAGCUCUACCUGAUGCUUCAGCGCUGGAAUCAGCGAGGUUUCAGCUCCGUGAAAGAUUUCUCAGAGGAGCACACCUGCAAGGUGUCUGACCACGUGCCCCGGUCCCUGAUCAAGUUCCUCAAGCACAGAGAUAUGUUUGAGAACUGCUCGGCGAGCACUGAAGACCCACACCUCUCGCACCUGGAGGUGGUGGUGGGCCAGCCCGUCCUGCUCGCCUGUAACAGCAGUAACAGCAGCCUGCCCCACGCUGCCAGCACCUCCAUGUGGAUCACCCCUCGCCACGAGCCCAUCAAACACCCAGGGAACAGCAAUCGCUCCCUGGAGGUCUAUCGCAACGGCAGCCUGAGGAUCGCCGCAGCCAAGCCCUGGCUCUCGGGGGUCUACGUGGGCUUGGCCAUGAACAGCCCCUACAACUUCAGCAGGAUGUGCGAGUUCAACGUGACCGUCCUCUACCCCAAGGCAGCUGGGGAGACCUUCAGCACUGGCCUCACGACCCUGCUGGGCUGCAUCGUGAGCCUGGUGCUGGUGAUCAUCUACCUGUACCUGACGCCGUGCCGCUGCCUGGGCUGCUGCAGGAGGCCGGCGCCGCUGAGCCCCCCGCAGGAGUGCAGCGCCCAGUCCUCCAUCCUGAGCACCACUCCCCCGGCCACCGACGGGCCGCACCGCAAGGCCAGCGCCAACAAACACGUCGUGUUCCUGGAGCCCAUCAGGGAGACACAGAACGGCAAGAUCCGCCUGGCCCUCGGCGAGGACUUCCCCGACCCCAAGCACCCCAAGGUCCUGCAGCUCAAGUCGGACUCAGAGUCCAUCAGCUCUGUCUUUUCUGACACCCCCAUUGUAUCUUAGUGGGACAGAGCUGGGAGCAGAGCAGAGGCCUCCUGAGAGCUGGUCUGCUCCAUCACUGCUAGAUCAGGAUUAUUGGGAAUCCUGAAUUCCUGGCUUGACCACGACCCACGGGAGUGACUGACAUCACCCACAACUGCUUCAGCCACGGGCUCCUGGUGGGUUCGGGGCCACGGGCACAUUGGUGCCCAGCACGAGCACCUUGCAUAAUCUGCUGGCAACGGCCUUGUUAGCACAUGGGUAAUGCUGAUGAACCCAGCAUGCUGGAGAAACACCCCUUCAUUUGGGCACCUGCCCUUGCUAAUGUGACACCAGGCCUGGGGGUCUGUCAUGUCCCCAGGCAGGAGAUGCCCAACCUGACAUCACUGCCACAGACCCCCCAGGCUAAGGAAUAGCUGUGACAAAUGGGACACUGUCCUGGCUCAUGCCAGGUCCUCAGGAUUGGUGAUACCACCGUCCUCUCCCAGCACGCGCCAUCAGCAUGUCAUGGCUGAGAGCAGGGGAGUGUGACCCUGUCACAAACGGGGGUACACACCCCCACAGCCCUCCCCAGACACGGCCGUGCAGGAGGGAUGGAGCUCAGCGCCCGACCAGCCACGCAGCCAAGCGAACCUUCCAAGCUUUUGCUUCCCGAGAAGCUGUGAAUCAUCCAGGCAGGACGAGGUGACGAGCCACAGCGCCCCAGCCCGCACUGCUCAGUGCCACCAAGGACACCGAGGUCCCCGACGCGCCACGCGCUCCCCGCUGCUUCUCCUUGAGGCGGACACGCUGCUCGAGCACAGCUAUUUAGGCAGUAACCCAAUCAGCCUAUCGAUAAGUGUGAGUAAUCCUCCCCUCUCCUGGGCCGUAAUUCUCUAGUUCCAUUGGAAUAAAAAUGCCUAUUUUUUUAAGCUCACGCUGGGCUGAGUGUCUCCUUGCCCUUGCAGCAAUGUGCAGCUCACGGGCACAGCGGUGGGAGGCUGAGGGAGCCCUGAAUUCCUGCAGGCCUGGCACAGGGAGCAUCCUGUUCCCAUCAAAUGGCCUUCAGGUGGCCUUGGCAAGGGGGUUAAAUGUGCUGCUGGUGUGCUGCUGGUGAGAGAGAAGCACACGGUGGUUUGUCCUUGGGAGGGCAGGGCCCCUAAAUGAUGCCUGGGAGCUGGGGAAGGAGCAGCACUGACUGACAAAAGGGCACAUCCAGACCCCGAAAGGAACAAGCAGGCUUUUAGAUACAGGGGAAAGAAACCACUAGGGAUGGGACAUGCCUUUGGCAAAGCCCUGGUGCUCCCUGCAGAUGGAGCCUCCCAUUCAUUUCACCUACACUGCCUUCCCUGGCACCCACCCUUCCCUCUUCCUGAAACAGGGAGUGGUUCUGUCCCCCCAAAAUGCUUGUCUGAUCCCACAGAGGGACAAGGGUAUCCUACCCCUCUGCCAGUCACCAGUGUCCCAUCCACAGCUGGAGCAGGAGCGUGUGGCCAUCACAUGCAGCACAGGGGGGACCAGGACCCUUCAGAGACCUGCAUCCCCCUCCCAUGGCUGAGCUCUGGUCCCAGGAACUGCUGGCAGCCCCGUGACUGGCAGGAGGGGAAGAACCCUGUGGCAUUGCGACCACACUAGCACACAUCCUCUCAACUUCUCUGCCUAGGAAACAAGCAGCUUUCUUCCCAGCAAAACAUCAACUCUGUGCCCAAAUAAAUUGUCAAUUUUCCUCCCCCCAUCCAGGGAGGGGUGAGUGCCCGGGAGAGCAGCUCUCCCGAGGCAGCCUGGCCUCCCAGGCCGCUCCUGCCGUGCCUUUGUGCAGCUCCUGCCCCGCGGCAGCCGGGGGUGACGGAUGCACAGCGACAGCCCCGCUGGCCGUGCCCUCGCUGGCCCUGUCACCUCGUGUUUGUGCAGUGUCCUGACGGGCCAGGACGCCGUGCCAGCCACACGGGGGCUGCCGAGGUGUGGCAGUGUCAGACUCAGAGGUGAGCGGCACCUUGAGGGUGGAGCUGAGCUGCUGCCAUCACCCCUGGCUGAUGGCAGGGAUCCCAUGGGAGGGAAGGUCUGAAUUUAACCUGGGAAUGUCUGGGAAAAGGAGAGACCCAGCUGACUGCAGCCAGGCCCAGGCAGAGCAUGUGCCACCUCUGAGCACACCUUCCUCCAGAAGGAAAGAUGAAGUGCUGCUCUGGGCCCCAGCACCCAGAGUGGGUGUCACCCACCCUUUAUCACCAUUCUUGUCUGUCUCCCCAAAAAUCUCCCCCUUCCCCACUGCCAACACCAGGCAUUAGUGCUCCUGCAAACCUGCAUCCUCAGCUGAGGAUAAUGACUGAAGACUGGGGAAAGCUCAGGGAGUGUAAGAAAAGCUCCCAGGGGCCUUUCCAGGGACACAUCAGCCUGGAAGAGCCCAGGAGAGCUCUCCUAGGCUGGCUGCAAUUCUCCUAUCCCUUCAGGAAAGCUGAAGCUUGUUCUCCAGGGCCUUGCUCUGAGAUUUGUAUCCAUGCUGCCCUCAAGGGAUCCCUCUGCCUCUCCCCAGGAAAGUCCUGCUGCUGCUUUUCACACGUUCCUGGUGCUCAGGAAGGAUCCCACACCACCACACUGCUGAUCCAAUGAGCACUGGGAGGUGGUUUGAACUGUUCAUUAAGCAGCCUGAAAGGCAGAACAUCUCAGCAAGGAAAAACAGCCAGGAGCAAAGCCUCUCUGACAGGCAGGAGCUGGGAAACCUAAUGGAUCUUCCCCAAGGAAUUCACUGUCCUCUCCUGGCAGCCACCUCCACCAUUACAUCCCUGGCCCCCUGCCAAACCUCCCUCCUGCUCCUGGACUCUGCAGGGCAAAGGAAUGGGUCAGCAAAAUCUGCCUGGCCCUGGCACACAGGGACCUGUGCCAGCGUGUGUGGGGACAAGGAUGGCUCUGGGAUAAGGAUGGCUGUGGGAUAAGGAUGGCUGUGGGAUAAGGACUGGCUUUGGGAUAGGGAUGGCUCUGGGAUAAGGAUGGCUCUGGGAUAAGGAUGGCUCUGGGAUAAGGAUGGCUGUGGGAUAAGGAUGGCUUUGGGAUAAGGAUGGCUUUGGGAUAGGGAUGGCUCUGGGAUAGGGAUGGCUCUGGGAUAAGGAUGGCUCUGGGAUAAGGAUGGCUCUGGGAUAAGGAUG